AUGAUGAAAAACUUCAUAGUUUUUGAGAAGUUGGGAGAAGGUAAUAUUAGAUUGAAUUAUAAUAUAGGAUCUUUUUCUACAGUAUUGAAAGUUAAAAGACAAUCAGAUCAAUAGGAAUAUGCAAUGAAAAAAGUUAGAAUGGGACAAUUAAAAGAAAAAGAGAAAGAGAACUCGUUGAAUGAAAUUAGAAUAUUGGCUAGCAUCUAACAUCCAAAUAUUAUAGGUUAUAAGGAAGCAUUUUAUGAAGAAUAAUCUCAAUGUUUGUGUAUUGUAAUGGAAUAUGCUGAUUAAGGAGAUCUAUAAUAACAUAUAUAAUAGUAUAUUAAACAUAAGCAAUACUUUUAGGAAAUAGAAAUAUGGAAAAUGAUUUACUAGGUUUUAUUAGGUAUUUAUAUUUUAAUACUUAAUCUUUAGCCUUACGAACGUUACAUUAAAUGAAGAUUUUACAUCGUGAUUUAAAGUCAGCUAAUGUAUUUUUGCAUCAAAGCAAUUACAAACUAGGAGAUAUGAAUGUUUCUAAAGUUGCUAAAAAGGAUUUAGUAUAUACUUAAACAGGAACUCCAUAUUAUGCCAGUCCUGAAGUUUGGAGAGAUUAACCAUAUGAUGCUAAAAGUGAUAUAUGGAGUUUGGGCUGUGUUGCAUAUGAGAUGGCUGCACUUAGACCUCCUUUUAGAGCAUAAAAUAUGGAAGGAUUGUAUAAGAAAGUAUAAAGAGGAUUAUUUGAACGAAUUCCAUCUAAAUUUAGUGGAGAAUUGAUGACUAUUAUUGGAUUAUGUUUAUAAGUGUAAAGUAAAUCAAGACCUUCUUGUGCUUAAUUACUUAGCAAUCCAAUUUUAUUAAGAAAUGCUAGAUAAUUUAUUACUGAAAGUAGAAUUUCUUAAUAAACUUAAUCAUCUUAGGCUGGUUCUAAUGUACUUUUAUAGACUAUAAAAUUGCCUAAGAAUUUGAAACAUCUUAAAGAGAAAUUGCCAAAAUCUAAAUAUUUAAUUGAAAGUACCAAUAAAUCAUAUGAUGAAUAUUAAGCAAAUAGUUCAAUUUUACCAAAAAUCAAUAAUAAUCAAAAAGAAAUAAGACCUAAUUGUUCUGUUCCACCAAUAAAAAGUGAUAGAUAUUAAUAGUAAUAAUAAGUUCAAAUAAAUUCAUUACAUGAAGAUAGAUCUAAAUCAAUUGCUAAUUCAGUUUAAAUGCUUGAAAUGGAAAGAAUUAGAUAAAAGAAAUUAUUAGAGAAAUAAUAAAAUUUAAAGAUUAGUGUAAUUCAUCAGAAUGCUAUACCUUACAUUAAUAGUUCUUCUUCUUAAAUAUAAAAUCUGUAUGUAAAUAAAAUACAUAAUCAUAAUGAAUAAAAUCAAUAGAAGUAAUACUAAGAAGCACCUAAACCUAUUUGGUGGGGAUGA